AUGGCGGACAGAAUGGACGUUUCUUCUCCAGAAUCUUCUGGCGAAAACAUCACCACGCCAAAGGAACGGCAAACAAUCGACCCUGCCGCGCUAUCUCCCCCAGACUCUCAGCAGCGCAACAUGCCCCUCAGUGCUUCGGGAUCCUCACYCGCAAACUCCAACGGCAAGCGUCCGAUCCAGACCAUCAGUAACGAAAGCGACGAAGUUGAAGAAAUGGCCUCUAUGGGCAACGGCGGCGUGAGCUUGAACGCAGGCAGCAGCAAUCCCAGCUUUGCCGGUCCCAGGACUCAUCCUAACGGCUACACAUGGACACUCAUGGAAGAUGAGCCGGGUUACAAGUGGCAGAACAAAAAGGCACAGGACGAGUACAAACGCGCGUCCGAUCAGAUGGUACACAAGGACUGCAUGAUUAGAGCCACAUAUGGAGAUAUCUUCGAAGUCGUCGAAAACGAACGGGCUGUUCUCGCUAGCAUGCAGCAGCGUUGA